AUAGCACAGGGCAGCAGCACGUUCGCCUCCCUUCAUCGCGUAUCUGUUCUCCAGUAUCAAGUGACGCGUCCCUUGGACCCGAUAACUGCCACCGCUGAGCAACACGCGGUCCCGCCUGUCAACACCACCAUCAGCAACGCGGCGCCAGCAUGAGCCACCGCACAGGCGGUCGCGGCCGCGCCUCAGGCAAGGUCUCCAAUGCCUGGAAAUGGGUCAUCGGCUACAAUGACACCGAGGCAAAUCGUCUGGGCGUGCCCAUCGUCAGCAGCGCCGACUGGUUCAGUGACAUAUUUUCCAACCCUGGCCGCAAGACUGCCGACUACCUCGACUCGCUCUUCCCCAUUCGACGAUGGAUCGGCUCGUACAACUUGCAGUGGGCCAUCGGUGACCUGAUCGCUGGAAUCACUGUCGCGCUCGUGUUGGUCCCCCAAUCCAUGUCGUACGCCAAGCUCGCUGGCCUGAGCCCCGAGUUUGGCCUCUACUCGUCCUUUGUCGGGGUGAUGGUCUACGCGCUCUUUGCCACGUCCAAGGACGUCACAAUCGGCCCCGUCGCGGUCAUGUCACUUCAGACCAACAACGUCAUCCUCGCCGUCAUGGCCAAGACGGGCAAGCAGUGGACGCCCGAUAUGAUUGCGUCUGCGCUCGCGUUCCUCUGCGGCGUUAUCACGUUUGGCAUCGGCAUCCUCCGCCUUGGCUGGCUCGUCGAGUUCAUCCCCACGCCCGCUGUUAGCGGGUUCAUGACCGGCAGCGCCAUAACCAUCGCCGUCGGCCAGUUCCCCAAGAUCAUGGGCAUCACCAGCGUCCAGACCAACUCGAGCCCGGCGUACAAGAUCUUCCUCGAUACGCUCAAGGCGCUCCCGCAAACGACGCUCGACGCCGCCUUUGGCUUGCCCGCGCUCUUCUUUCUCUACGCUGUGCGCUCCUUCUUCACCUGGCUCCCGGGCCGCCAUCCGCGGCUCGCCCGCGUCGCCUUCUUCACCAUGGUCCUGCGCAGCGCGUUUGUUAUUAUCGUCCUCACCAUCGCCUCGCGCGUCUGGCUCGGCGGCUAUUCGCCCAAGCAGUACCCCAUCAGCAUCCUCAAGACCGUCCCGCGCGGCUUCCAGCAUAUAGGACGGCCGAACCUCGACCCGCGCCUGCUCGCCGACAUGGGCUCAGAGCUGCCCGUGUCGGUGAUCGUGCUGCUCCUCGAGCACAUUGCCAUCUCCAAGUCCUUUGGCCGCCUCAACAACUACAAGAUUAACCCCAACCAGGAGCUCAUUGCCAUUGGCGUCACCAACCUCGUCGGCCCGACGUUCGGCGCAUACCCGGCCACAGGCUCCUUCUCGCGCACCGCCAUCAAGGCCAAGUCCGGCGUGCGCACUCCCAUCGCAGGCUGGGUCACUGGCGUCGUCGUUCUCAUCGCGCUCUACGCUCUCACGGGCACUUUUUACUGGAUCCCUUCCAGUGCCCUAUCUGCCGUCAUUAUCCACGCCGUCGGAGAUCUGAUCGCCAGCCCGAGGGCGCUGUACAAAUUUUGGCUGGUCAACCCGUUCGAACUGUUCAUCUGGUUCGCAUCCGUCCUCGUCACAGUCUUCGCCAAUGUCGAGUACGGCGUCUACACAAGUGUCGCGGCCAGUGCAGCGCUGCUGCUCAUCCGGAUCGCCCGCCCGCGUGGCCGCUGGCUUGGCAUGGUCCGUGUUUCGCACGGCGACAGCACCGGCACCACCUCGCGCACCUCGCAGGUCGGUGGCGGCGACCAGGCGCGCAUCGCCUUUGUCCCCCUCGACGACAAAGAUGGCCUGCGCGACCCAUCGAUCCAGGUUAAACCACCACCGCCGGGCGUGCUGAUCUACCAACCUCAUGACAGCUUCCUCUACCCGAACGCGUCGCAUCUCGCCGAUCUGAUCAUCGACCGCGUCAAGGCUGUCACCAAGCCCGGUCAGUCGUCCAACUAUGCAAAGCCGGGGGACCGCCCGUGGAACGACCCGGGACCUGUCAACCCGGUGUUCCGCAAAGUGUUCGGUCGCCUCAGUGGCAAGUCCAAGGAGAAGAUCCAGGCGCGCAUCGCGGCAGAGAACGACAGUCGCGACGACCCACGUCCACGGCUGCGCGCCAUCGUCUUUGACUUUGCCAGCGUCGCCAACGUCGACACGACGUCGAUCCAGACGCUCGUCGACGUCCGCCGCGCCGUCGAGAUCUAUGUCGAUGGCCCCGUGGAGUUCCACUUUGCCAACAUCCUCAGCCCCUGGAUCCGUCGCGCGCUCCUCGCCGGCGACUUUGGCGUCGGCACCGCCUCGCGCCACAUCACCGAGGUGGCUCCCGUCGUGUACCAGCGCGACAACACGCCCAUCACGUACGAGAACAACAACAACACGGAGAGCAACCGCCAGCGCCAGCGUGACGACGAUGAGCGCCGCCGCGCGGCCGUCGAGCGCGUCCUGCAGGUACGCGACGCGGCCGCUGUCGUCACUGUGGCGGCGCAAGCAGCAGGCGAGCCGAGCACCGGCAGCACCUCGCCCGGAAACAAUGACUUCGACAUCGAGAAGGGCACAUCGAGUGGCGCAGAUAGCAAGGAGGGAAGUCUCUUCGGCGACCGCGCUGGCGUCCAGGGCACCAGUGGCGGCGCGCUGGACGACAUAAGCGUGCACGUUCCCAUCAUCUGGGGAAACGACCUCACUCCGCUUUUCCACCUCGACCUCGCGAGCGCAGUGGAGGCUGCCGCUGGCAAGUAUUGAAGUUCAGAUGAAGAGCAUGUCACGCAUGCAUCGGACACCU